GUCUAGACUUGGUAGCGGUUACCACCAUUGAAAAUAACGCCUUGUGGGCGGACCAAUUGUGAAUCUAAAUAUAAACCUUGGCUACCAGCACUACUUUAAGCUAAAUUGAUAUAGGAUUUGCAAGAGGAACGUGCAAGACAAAAAUGGCUUUAGUUCAUGUUCCGUACCCGGGCGAAAAUAAGUGUCAAGGGUUAUGUGGGCAAAAGAUAUACAAUCCUAGUGUUCCUGUCAGACAUGGCCUCGGGUGUAUUUAUCCGGGCAAGAUGAUUUUCAUCAGCGGAAUCCCAGAUUCGAAAUCGCCAAGGUUUUCUAUCAACUUCAAGAGUCAUAAGGGUGAAGUUAGGGGAAACGCUUUCCAUUUUGAUGUCCGCUUUGAAUACAAGGGGAGUAAAGAUACUAUCGUGAGGAAUGCCCGGAAUAAAGGCCAAUGGGGUAGCGAAGAACGUUCUCCAAGUAAACCCUUCCCUUUCAAACGUAAUGAGUUCUUCGAAAUGGUAGUUCUUGUCGAGGAGUCUUGUUAUAAGGUAGCAGUAAACGACCGGCAUUUGUUAGAGUUCAACCAUCGGUUAUCUUUGGAGGAAGUCGACACGCUUGUUAUCAGAGGCGAUGUCCGGAUUUGUAUGGUUAGAAUUCAAGGAUAAAGAAAUCACAAGAUUUUACCGUACAAAGAAGUUUCUCUGACAUUAUCGUUUUUCACUGUUUUAUAAUUAAGUGACAAUUUAACCUGCAGCUAGUAUUUGAUUUAUUCGUAUCAUUUCAAUUCUUUGAUUUAGUUUUCGUAAUUGUUGCGAAUUUCUUCCAACUUAUAUAAUAUGUGAGAAUAACUCCAGUUCAGUGGAUGCAUCAAAACUACACAAUAAUUGUCAAUAUUGUGGAUAUGAUUGAAGAAUUAUCAUCUUUGUGAUUGUUUAUCUUUACGAUUCCAGAAGAAAGACAAACUUGUAUUUUUAAAACUUAUGAAAGUGUUUUCAGUAGUACUUUAUGAAAAAGCAUUAUCCUUUUAUUCAAUUAAAUAUUAUCAAUGUGUUGUUAAUUGUUUCUCCUGUACAAACGACCUUUUAUUUUACCUUUUCCAUCCGACAGCAACAGCUCGUUUGAGGACCAUAAUUUGAUAUUGCAGUGAACAAGAGAAAUAACAGACAUGCUGGUCAGUUGACACAUUUCCUUAAGAGAGAUCUAAAACUUUAAAUGCAUUAACUUGUAAGUAUUGUCAGGUUCACUUGAGUCAUUCGUGUACUUGAUCCAUCGACAGUUAUCCUCAGAUUCAACAAUUCUCGCAAAACUUUGUUGCUGCAUAUGCAAAGUUCAUGACUAUGAUAUCAAAUAAAUUCCGAAUCAAAAGAAGUCAAAUAC